GUGCAUCUUAAGCAGCCCAUCCACAGACGAAUUUGUUCGACGAACUGUUCGUCGAACAAAAAUUUCAUUUGCCCACCAACGAGUGCGAACAUGCUCGCGAACAUCAUUUGUAAACAAUUUUCAUCGAGUAAACAUGUCAUCAGAGAUCGACCGCGACACAGUCAUUGCCUUGAUGGCAAUACAUGUUUGUUUGGAGGAAAAAAAAAAUAAGGAGGAAGUUAAAAAAAGAAAACACAGCAUAUGGAUGAAACAAUGGUAUGCAAAGCGCCAAAAGUUCACACAUACAAAACUCUUAAAGGAACUGAAAGAAAGUUCUCGGUUGGAUUUAAAGAAUUUUCUUAGAAUGGACGCUGAAACAUAUGCAGCUCUAUUAAAUUUGGUAGCUCCAGAAAUUCAUCGGCAGGAUACUACAAUGAGAGAAGCAAUAAGUGCAAAUGAAAGGCUUUCAGCGACUUUGCGCUUUUUGGCAAGUGGCCAAAGCUACGAAGAUUUAAAAUUUUUAACUGGAAUUUCUCCCCAGAGUCUUGGACGCAUAGUUUUCGAAACAUGUGGCGUAAUAAUUAAAAUACUUAAGCCGUAUAUAAAAAUGCCUACUAAUGAGGAUGAAUGGAAAGAUAUUGCGAAUGAAUUUGAAAAUCAAUGGAAUUUUAUUAACUGCAUAGGGGCCAUUGAUGGAAAGCAUGUGCACAUCAAAAAGCCAAAAACGUCAGGCUCGUAUUAUUUUAAUUACAAGAAAACGUUCAGCAUUGUACUGUUGGCUGUAGUUAACGCAAAUUACGAAUUUAUUUGUGUGGAAGUCGGAGCAAAUGGAAGAGCAUCAGAUGCUGGAGUAUUUGCCCAAUCGGAGUACAAAAGGCGCUACGAUGAGCAAUCCCUACGUAUACCCAAACCGCGGCAAAUUAAAAAUGCGUCAUAUGAACUACCAUAUGUGUUAGUAGGGGACGACGCCUUUCCCCUCUCAUCGAAUUUAAUGAAGCCCUACAGCCGCCAAAAGCUGGAAAAAGAGCAUCUCAUUUUUAACUACCGCCUUUCAAGAGCUAGGCGUAUAGUAGAAAACGCUUUUGGAAUUAUAAGCAGCAGAUUUAGGAUCCUUCUAAAUACUAUAUCCUUGCAGCCAGAAAAGGCUUCUGUAAUUGUUUUAUGUUGCUGCUAUUUACACAAUUAUUUGUCCAAGGAGAAUGCCCGAGUUUAUUUGCGUGGAGCAGCAGAUCCCGACAAAAUGUCUGACCAGCAAAUGGACGAUUUGAAGCCGUUGAAAGGCAGUAAUUAUACUGAUGAUGCCAAAGAAAUUCGCGAACAUUUUCGCGAAUACUUCAACACAAUUGGAGCAGUACCUUGGCAAAAUGACCGCAUUUAAUAUUUUAUAUUUUUCUAUAUGUAUACUUCAAACUUUGCUAAUAAAUAUAUGUUUAUAAACAAUUGUUUUUAUUCUAAA